AUUUUUAUUACACAUACAUACAUGUUCAAAAUGUACAUAACGGCCCUCUCCCAUGUAAUACUCGUAGGAGCCUGCUGCUACGCGCUCUACACUCUGACGCCGGCCGAGUUCCCGUAUGCGUAUACGGCGGCUGCCUUCUGCUUGGUCCACGGACUGCUCGGUGUGGUGCGCACUCUCGAGGGGGGCGGAGAGUGCGAUCGCACCUAUGCUGUGUCCUCGAACAUCGUGGAAGUCAUACCCUUGCCGCUGGCCAACAUCGAGUUCUACUCGCACUCGUCGGAGUCGGGCGUCGCACUGGUGCACGCCCUCUCCUUGAUACUGCUGCUAUACGACUUGAUAGGCAGCAUGGCCGACGACUGGAACAGCUCCACGGACACGGUGAAGGACAUCUCGCUGUUGGGCAACAUUGCGUCCGGCACAUACAUUGGCGUACAGGAGGAGAACUACUUUCACGUGGGCGUGGCGGCAGCGGCAGCUGUUUCGCGGUUCGGGCCGACGGUGCUGUGCCCCAUCCUGCCUGAAAUCAUACCCUAUCUGAGUAGUCUAGGCAAAGCUGCCAUAAUAGGGGUCACCACGUACGCUCUAACAAACUAACGGUGUUUUAGUGUCAUGCUUAGUUUUUGUUUUAUACGUGUUUUUUAUAUGUUAUAAUAUA